AUGGCCAAGUUUUUUGGGGGGCCGGCUUUCUCCCCGGUUCAUUGUGAUAAGCUGCCAAUUCUCUUCGUCCUGAAGGGAAAGCCGGGUGGUGAUAUCGAACGCAAGGAGAUUCCCACGUUUCCUUCGCUUCAUCUGUACUUGGUCCAAGAAAACGCUUGGGUGGACAAGGAAGUCUGGAACAUUUACCUCAACGACCUUCUCUAG